AUGGGCUCAGACUUUAGCACAGUGAAGAUAAGAAAGGUCUCUUCUUCCAUCUGCAAGGCCAUAAUAUCUCACCUAGUGGGAAUCAACUGUGGACACAGCUACUGCAAAUCCUGCAUACAGAGCUAUUUUUGCAGUGUCAGCCCAAAGACAGGAUGGAAGAUGCUGGGAUGUCCUUUGUGUAGUAGUCCGUUUAGCUUAGAGAGUUUCAGGCCCAACAAGGAGCUAGAAAUCAUAAUUGGUAUGAUCAAGGGAAUGGAAGAGCAGGAUCAUGACAUGGUAUGUGAGGAACAUGAAGAGACUAGUUGCUUUUGUGAAGAUGACGCUCAGCUCCUCUGCUGGAGGUGUUAUUGGGAGGAUCGGCACAAAGGUCACUUGGUUGGUAUGAAAUAUGUGUACCAGAACUAAAAGGAAAAACUGAAGAACAUCGUGACAAAAUUGCGUGAACUCCAAGAUAAUCUUGAAGUUCAAAUACAUUUCAUAACAAGCCAAAUAAGUGCCUGGAAGGAUGCCAGAGAGGAUCAAAGGCAAACAAUCAAAUCUAACUUCAAGAAUCUCCAGAGUUUUCUACAGGAAGAAGAGAAGUUUUAUCUUUGGAGGUUGGAGAAUGAGGAAAAACAGACGCUGAUGCAGCUGAAGAGCAGCGAGGUCAAUACACAGCAGAUGUAGUAUGAGAGAACUGAAUGCCAAAUUCAAGAACUGAAGGCAAAAUGUCAGGGCUCAGCCCAGAAAUUGCUACAGGACGUGAAAAACACUUUGAGCAGGUGUGAGGCUGUGAAGCUAAGCCUGCUGAAGACUGAUCCCCUGAAGGUUCAAACUAAAUGUAAUGUGUCUGAGCUUUACUUUGAUGUGAAGACAGUAUUAAGAUGUCACCAAGAUAGGGUCAGUGUGAUCCUGGACCCCAGCACAGCUCAUCUUGACUUAGCUCUGUCUAGAGGUGGAAGACUAGCGACUUACAAAAGAUUCCAUAGAAAUCUUCAGGCUUCUUCCAAGAGGUUUUAUGGUUUACAUAAACCCUGUGUCCUGGGCUGUGAGGGCGAUACUUCAGGAAGAUAUUACUUUAAAGUCUCUGUCGAGAAAGCAGCCAGUUGGGAUGUGGGAGUCUGUUUAGAGAAUAUGUAGAGGGGCUUUAACAUGAAGAAGGAGCCUGAGUUUGGAUUCUGAACCAUUAGGUUGUCUGAAGAGAAUGGCCUGGAAGCUCUCACUUCUACCCCGACUCCUCUCCUUCCGAGUGAAAAUUCCCAGCUUGUGGGAUUUUUUGUAGAGUAUGAGGCUGGAGUUGUAUCGUUUUACCAUGUAACUACUGGCUCCCACAUCUUCACUUUCCCUAGGGCUUCUUUCUGGGAUACUCUGAGGCCCUUUUUCUGGGUUUAUCAACAUUCUCCUUUGUUCUUGCCUACCAUAAAUAAUUAA